AAUUAUCUCUUUUCCUUCACGCCCCUCCUGCUCCGCCACCUUUUACAUAUACUCAUCGCUCUUAAAGGAGACGUGUUUUGAUCAAAGAUACGGAGGAGGAGUCAGAGGGCGAGACGAGUUGAGAGGUCGAGAGCUUUCGCCUUCGGUUCUCUCCUCCAGCAGGUGCGGAGCGUUCAGAGCGGAGCUUCCGCUUAAAGUAUGCGCAUGAAAGGGGCGCUCGGUGGCGCUGGUGGCGCUGAAGGCUUCGACUCUUCCGACCAUGCAAUGGCGGUCGCUGGUGCUGGCGCUUGUGGCUCUGAAGCUGGCCGGCCACGCGCUCCUCUGGCUGGCGGGGCCCAGCCUGGGCUUCUACCAGCAGCGGCUGCGGGCCUUCUCCUGCAGCCCUGCCAAAGAAGGCGCCUCAUCGAACUCGCGCUGCCUCAAAGCCAGCUUGAUAGCCCCGCACUGGGCCUCCUUCUUGGGCAGGGCCUGGGGAGACGGUAGUGGCGGCGACAUCAGCGGCGGCAGCAGCAGCUCCUCUUUGGAGAGCGGCGGCGGCAGCGACGAGUAUGAACAGCGCUACAGCCGUGCCUUCCCCCCUCAGCUCCGCACCCAGCUCCGCGACGCCGCCCGCAGCAUGUUCGCUUUCGGUUACGACAACUACAUGGCGCACGCCUUCCCCCAGGAUGAGCUGAACCCCAUCGAUUGCCGCGGGCGGGGGCCAGACCUAGCCGACCCUUCAAAUCUGAAUAUCAAUGAUGUCCUGGGAAACUACUCGCUUACUCUGAUUGAUGCAUUGGAUACCCUAGCAGUAAUGGGAAAUUCUUCAGAGUUUCAGAAAGCAGUGAAACUAGUUAUAGACACGGUGUCGUUUGACACAGAUUCAACUGUCCAAGUCUUUGAAGCAACAAUUAGGGUUUUGGGAAGCUUGCUUUCAGCCCAUAUAAUCAUAACAGAUGCCAGGCAGCCUUUUGGUGACAUGACUAUUAAGGGCUAUGAUAACGAACUCUUACAUAUGGCUCAUGACCUGGCAGUAAGACUGUUACCUGCUUUUGAGAACACCAAAACAGGAAUUCCUUAUCCUCGGGUAAACUUAAGAACAGGAGUACCUUCUGGCAGCAACAAUGAGACUUGCACUGCAGGAGCUGGAUCCUUACUGGUGGAAUUUGGAAUUCUUAGCCGGCUUCUUGGGGAUUCCACUUUUGAAUGGGUUGCCCGCCGAGCUGUGAAAGCACUCUGGAGUCUAAGAAGCAAUGACACUGGGUUGUUAGGCAAUGUUGUGAAUAUUCAAACUGGCCACUGGGUUGGAAAGCAGAGUGGCUUGGGAGCAGGAUUAGACUCCUUCUAUGAAUAUCUUUUGAAGUCAUACAUCCUCUUUGGAGAAAAAGAAGAUCUAGAGAUGUUCAGUGAUGCUUAUCAGAGUAUUCAGAACUACUUAAGGCGAGGGAGAGAAGUCUGUAAUGAAGGUGAAGGGGACCCACCACUCUAUGUUAAUGUAAAUAUGUUUAGUGGGCAGUUGAUGAACACAUGGAUUGAUUCUCUUCAAGCUUUUUUUCCUGGACUUCAGGUUUUAAUAGGUGAUGUAGAAGAUGCCAUUUGCCUUCAUGCAUUUUAUUAUGCCAUUUGGAAACGAUAUGGAGCUCUUCCAGAGAGGUACAACUGGCAGUUACAGGCACCUGAUGUCCUCUUUUAUCCCCUAAGGCCAGAGUUAGUAGAAUCUACAUAUCUUCUUUAUCAGGCAACAAAGAAUCCUUUUUAUCUUCAUGUAGGCAUGGAUAUUCUUCAGAGUCUGGAGAAAUACACAAAAGCAAAAUGUGGUUAUGCUACUCUGCACCAUGUAAUAGAGAAGUCCAAAGAAGAUCGGAUGGAAAGCUUUUUUCUCAGUGAAACAUGUAAAUACUUGUAUUUGCUAUUUGAUGAAGAAAACCCAGUCCACAAAUCAGGCAAUAGAUAUAUGUUUACUACAGAGGGGCAUAUAGUAUCACUAGAUAAGCGACUUCGUGUUUCACUAUGGCAAGAUACUUUUCCUGACGAACAGAAGACUGAAAAGCUAAAGCCAAAUGAACUUAGAGCAAUCAAUUCUACUUCUAAUUGCAACAGAGUACCAGAUGAGAGGAGAUACUUGCUGCCUUUGAAGAGCGUUUAUAUGAGACAGAUUGAUCAGAUGGUGGGGUUAAUCUGAAGAAAUUUUCAUAUGGAUUAAUCCUUAAAGAGCAAGGCUACAUCUUGUUCUGAAGAUGUUUCUCUUGAGCUACAUAGCUUAUAGCAGGUGCAAGAAUUUAAAUAGCCACUCAUUGUAAUGAAGGAUUUAGUUUCAGGUUGGAAAGAGGACCCCAUGCUAGACUGCAGUUGUUAUAACUGAAAUAGUCAGAAGUGGCAUAUUCAGUAUAAUAUAAGCUGAGUCCUCAAGUGUAAAAUUUUGAAGUUAAUAUUUCUGAUAAAGGCUUGAUAGACUAAGAUUGAUUUUUUUAAAAAGAGGUGCAAGUGUCUUGCGCUAGAUACACUGUUCUGCCCCAUCUCUUAGUUAUUUUCUGAAUAAGAAUGUUGGAGAGAACCUACAAUAUAACAUAUAUUUCUUUUAAAAAGUGGGGUGGGGAAAAAGAAAAGGGAAUGUGCAAUUUCUCUCACUUAAAUAUUUAUUUUACUAGCAAUAAAUAAUAAUUAUUGCUCAGGUUGGAAAACAUCCAUGGGUUCUGGUUUACUCAAAAUGUCUUGCUGAAAACGUCAUAAUCGAAAUGCAUUUGGUUGUAAUACCAUCCAAGGUAUUCACUAUGUUCAAGACUAACAUCUAGGCUGAUGUUGAAAACAGUGUUCUUCAUUUGAAUUGCACAUUCUAUGGCGUAAGGAGUUUACUAGUUUCUGAAAUGAUUUAUUUUAAAAAGGUGCCUUCUAGUAGGUGUAAAUGCACAGAGCCACUAAUCUGAUUCCUUGCAUUGCUGAUUUAAAAACAUUUUCAACAUUCUUCACUUUAUAUUCUGCUUUGUGCCUCUCUGAGUGAUCUACCUGAAUUAAUACAUCUAAGUAUUUACAUUUCUUGUAGUUCUAAUAUGCAAACUUUUGGAGCUUGUGCCUUCUUAGUUUAUCAUUCAGAACAGAACCAAGGGCUGUAGCUCUUUCUUUUCCAAAAUAAAUAACCUUUUUUAAUCAUUUAGAAUUAUUGUACUGAAACAAUGUAAAUGAUUAAUAUCCCAAGUAGUAUUUGAGGGUUGCACACUCUCCCUUUCACACUAGCUGUGAAUUGAGUAUUUACAGGUGAUUAUUGCCCCUUCUCUGGGCAGGUAUUUUUUUAUAUAUAUAGCAGAGGAAGUGGAGAGAAGCUGAUCCUCAAAGAUGUUCUGGCCUUUGAUUUCCAUUUUAAUUGUGACGAGAAUAUUCAUAAUGUUGAAGCACCUUUGGGCAACCAAAAUGGCUGUAAGCUGAGGCCUUUCUCAUUUCCAAUAAAUAAAGCCUCUCUUCUCCUGUCCCCCAAAUGGUGGGGAGGGUAGAAAUAAUAUCUGCCUGCCUGCCUUCAAGAAUAUAAUUUAAACAUGCUUGAGAAUUGUUAGUAGAUGGACAUACGAUUAUUGCUAUUUAGAAUCAGAGAAACCCCCCCCAACUUAAAUGUAUAAGCAUUGUCCUCUUUGAGAAGCAUAAGACACAACUUAGAUCAAAUCUUAAACUGUAAUGUGUACAUACCAGUUUUACAACCAAAUUCAAUCCAGUUCAUCAUAUGUUUGCUUUCAUAAAAUGAAUUUCAAAUUAACACAAUCUUUAUCAAAUAAUUAGGGCUUGCUUAAUUUCUUUGGCAAACAAAUGAAUCUCAGGGAUCUCAAAGUAGGCUUCUAUUUGCCUAGAAAAUUUUCUGUUUUAUUAUACAGCCUUCCUUCCUAUUUUCUCAGUGUUGCCGUUUCUGAGAGAGAGCUAACAGAUCAGAAUCCUCUGGAAUAUAAAAUCUAUAAAAACCAUGAUACCUCUGUAGGUGAGGCUAGAUCUUAAUUGCCUUGCUUUUUCUUCCAAAAUUACACCUAGAAUGUUUGACCUAAUAUAUGGCUUGGAGGUCAAGCAACAUUUCCAGAGUGAGAUGUGAGGGGAUCACAGGUGAUAAAAAUGAAUGGGCUAAUGACUAGCAGUUUAGGACAUGCAUAAUCUGCUAAUCUUAGAAUAGUAAACAUGUUAAUAGUUCAUAGUUCAGAUGAGUACAUUACCUUUAGGAGGGGAGAUGUGAAGCAAAAGAGCUGAAAGCUUCAAAAUGACCUGAAGGUUGUUUUCAACUUAAGAGGAAAAACAUAGCCUGGGAUCCAUAGAUCCACUGUUUAUGCAAUGUGCUUUACUAGCCCAAUGAAUUUCUCGACUCUGACCAGCUGUUCUCCACCCUAGUCACUGUUUUUGAAAUGGAAUAUUUCAAAAGCAUUUUUUUAUAUGGAAAAAAUGGUCUAACAUCUCUUCGAGUUUGCAGAACUCAUUUCAUAGUUCUUUGGAUCCUGGCCAUAAUAAGCUCUUAAUGUGACAAGAAAUUCAAACCAAAACAGUUCAGUUUACCACUUUUAUAAUCAUGUUGUCAACAAAGCAUGCUAUCACAAAGUGUGUGCAUGCGCAUUAUAGGAUCUGCUGGGUGCUUCCCCAGCAUGUCCACGUUAAUGGUUAUGACUAUGUAGCCUUUUCCAUGGAAAUUGCAUGUUUUGCUACUCAACUUGGGAAAGUCUGUGCCUACUAAAAUGUUAAGUGUCCAAUUGAUGACUUACAGUUUGGCUUUUUCCCCCAAGUAAUGCAUUUUAGAUGUUUCUUUAAAAAGAGCAAAGUAGCUUUUUUAAAUAAUAAAAAAAAUCAGGCUACUAGAGUCCUUCUAGUACGCUUGUACUUCCAGUAAAAGUAGUACAGUUUCUCCAUGUGAUCCAGCCAGAAUUUUGAUUGUUUCAGUACUGAUAAAAACUCAUAUUGAGGAGGUUGUAAUUGUCCUUAGUGGCUGGUGUCUGAGGCCACUCGUGGGUGCUAAUAUGUGCUGUGAUCACUCAGACAUUUGACAUUGACAUAGAGAUUGCACUAAAGUUGUCUAUGGAGUAAUGAAGGGACUAGAUCAAAUUUUCAAGUAAAAGAUUUGAAAUUUCCAAUUUUUCUUAAACUACAUUUGAAGUUUACCAUUACUGUUGUGUAAAAUAUCUUUAGACACAAAAAGUGACCAGUUUGUCCUGCUGCAAAAUUAGUGUUAAGACCAAGUCUAAAGCAUUGCUUGCAUAACUUGCCAAUUCUUAUAACCAGACUGAAUUUCUCACCUUAAUGUGCAAUAUGUGUUUUUUUCUAGCCUAAUGUGGCAUUGUUACAAAAUGUAUUUAAUAGGGCAAUGGAGUUAAUGUUUAUAAAGGAUCAGAUGUUCUGAGAAAUGUAAAGAUUUAAAAAUGAGUAGAUUUUACAUAUAAUUUGU